CGACGAAGCGGCAGGCUGAGGAGGCCGCGCACCGCCAAUCGGCAGUGUUCGUCACCCCGCUGAACUCUACGCCGCCGCCUCCGGAAUUCACGGGGCAGACUGGGGAAGCCGGCCGCGAGAACCCCGUCAUGGAGAAGGAAGGCAGUGACUCCUCCACGCCGGACGUGAUCGUUCCGCCGCCGCCUUCGCCGCCGUCUGGGAGCGCGCAAGGCAAACAGCCAGCGGACCCUCCGGUGUCGCUGACUGAAGACGAGGCCGUGGCGAGGCUACUCCUUCAAGUCGGCUCGCCAACGCGCCGCCGUCUUGAGAAAGCGACCUCGGCGCCAUGUUCCCUGGAGACCGGCACCGCCAGCUCAGUGAUCCCGGAUGCCGAAGCGACGAGCGCCGCGCCCAUUGGGUGGGUGCGGGGAGGAGGCACAGGGCCGCUGAACCAGGCGCUUCUGGACGUCCAAACGAAGCUUCGAGCUGAGGGCGACGCCAUCCAGAACUGCACCAAGGCGUACCUGGCAUCACGGGCAGCCGUCCAGGUAUGUUUUCUCUUUGGUCCUUGUUUUCUUGUUCCUCUCUAUGAGAGCGCGCCGGCGCACCCACUGGGUGUAGUCCCCGAGUUUCGGGCCGGCUGCUGAGCAGGCGGCCCGGAACUCCAAUUGGUGAGCUCCGGGUACUAACUUUUGUCUAAAAUAUUUGUCGCAGGACUACCACAACCUCCGCGUUACUGCCUUCAACCGUAACAUUGAAGAGCUGGGCAAGCGGACCGCCGACUUGUCGGAGAGCCGGAAAGCCAACGAUGUUCUUCAAUAGCAUCUGAGCAAAGCCAACUCCGUGUUGCGCGCCAAGGGGGAGGAGUGCAGCAAGCUCGCCACAGAGCGUGAUCUGCUGGCCACACAAUUGGCAGAGCAGAGGGACCUGCUUGCGAAUACGCAAAAGGAGGCGGAAGAGGCGGAAGCCGCCCUCCUGGGCGAGUUCGCGAGCAAGCGCUCCUCCUGGACUGACAAAGAGGCAAUGCUGGCCUCCGGCUUCCAUGAGAUUGAAGACAUUGUUGAUGACUUCUUUCCCGGGCAUUCGCAGGCUGCCAUCCAAGCCAUCAAGGCAGAUCAUGAAGGUCGGAGGGCGGAAGGCGCAGAGAUCACCGCCGACGCUCCCCGAACCCUUGAUGAGCAUAUCCUGAGCAUCGAGGCUCGCCUUCGGCCGACUCACCGGAUGCUGCGCUGGCUUCAACAUGUCGGCGCCCAGGCGAUUGCCGCCCUGUGGUCGGACAUGCAGGCUCCACGCACCCCCGGUCAGACUACCGACUGGCUGGAGGUCGCGGCUGGUCGUCUUGAGGCCUGGACGGGUUCCUCGGCCCAAGCUGGAGCGCGCCGGGCCUUGGAGUUCGUCAAGGCGUGGUAUCCGGGGCUGGACUUAGACCAGCUGGCCACACUCCGGUCGGAGGCCCAGCCGGAGCUGGCAGCCACGGAAGACGCCCUCGUCAAGCGUGCUGUGGCGAUCGCCGAGUACACCGACACCAGCAUCUUCAUCCCUGAGCGGUCUGAAGACGGCGAGGAGGUACCGCCGGAGUGGUUUGGGAUGAACCCAGACUACGGCGAGGACUCGGCGGAGGUGAUCGGCUCCAGUGUCGAGGAGGAAGGCGAGGCGGAGGACGGAGGCGAUACGGAAGCACCAGAAGACGGAGCAGACGGCCAGCCUCAGCUCGACCGCGCCUCCAGCAACGAGCCGUGUGCGACCAAGCCGACUGCCGCCAGAGGCAAUCAAGCCAAGACUGCCCAGCCGGCCGCCCCAACGCCUGGCGCUGCCGCCUCUUUCGACCCUCCGAAUCCGUCUGCUGCUUCCUAAGCUACCGCCUUAUCUUUAUUUUAUCUGCUUUAGUAGUCUUUGAAGAACUUGUUAAUUCGCACAAUUCCACCCGCGGGGUGU